UCGAGAUGACAUAAAAUCCCUCAGCGGCUCUUUGACUGUAGCUUAUCAUUAGGUCAAGGCAAUAAGUGCUCUACAGUUAAAACAGUUACAGACAGGUGCCACCAGGGAUUUUGGGACCCAUGAAAAGAUAUAUCACAUUAGGCCCCACCUCAGUCCACACCAACUCUGAAAACAGCACUGUGCAGACAUGCAUUCAACAAUCUGCAUAAAGUGGAAUUCAGAAUUUGAUGCAAGACAAGUGCUGAAGCCCAUUACAGAUUGGAUAUAAUUUUAAUUGUAACAUUCUCUAAUACUUGUACACCUUAAAUAUACUCUAACCUCUUCAAUUAAAAUAAAUUAACUAACUUGGCUACAUACCAAGUAGAAAGAAAGCAGCUGUAAAAGUUGAAAUGGAAAACAAAAUGGAAAUGAAAAGGCCUGAUGGUGGCGCUAGAGGAGAGGUGUGCUCAUCAUAUGGAAACUUUUGGAAAAUGUAAUACAUUUUACAGUGUUUGAAUUCCUAUAAUUGGAAAGGAUUUACAGGAUCAUUUUAAUUUUUUCACAAUAAAAAAUAGCCUGCAGAAUAUGAUUCAACACAAUGCUGCUCACCUCCUUCUUCAGUUGGAAGUAGACCUGGCUCAUUAGAAAGGGCAGGAGGGGUGCAGAGACCGGCCGAUCAAGCCUUCCCGAUUACAGUAACUGGGGGAUCUGGGUCCUUGGCUGUUGUCCCAGAUGUUCUGGGAAAUCCCACUAUGUCCAUAAAUGGACAUCCUUUCUUUAACCCCCUCCUUGAAUCAAUAACCCGCGCUUCAUUUCAUCAGAACUGAAACCCAUCAGUGCCCGAUCUAACCAAUGGCAAAUCCAUCUACACAAGUUUCUAACCAAUGACGUUUCAAACGCCGAAAGUGAAAGUAACACGAAGGGUACAAAACGAAGGAUGCAACCCAGCGUGUUAAGAGUGCAGAAACUGACAGAGAAAAGAGGAGUCAUGAAGCUGCUGCCAGAAAAUAUGAAAGUACUUUACUUUGCCAGUGAUUGUAUGGAGCCUUAUGUGGAGAUUAUCACAGUGAAGGACCCCAAGCGCCGCCUGAGUCUGAGCAGCUCGGAGGACUCAGAGGCGGAGGAGCCUGAGUACCAGGAGGAAGGUGAGGAUGCUCUGCCUGUCCUGAGCGACCACAGCCAGCUGCUGGAUGACCGCCACCUGGAGCGACUCGCUGCUCACAUGCCACCAAGGACCCAGGGCUAUCCAUGGCAGCUUGUCUACAGCACCGCCAUCCAUGGGAGCAGCCUGAAGACACUGUACAGGAAUAUGGCUGGUCUGGAUAGUCCUGUGCUGCUGGUCAUCAAAGACAUGCACAAGAAGGUGUUUGGUGCUUUUUCAUCACAUCCAUUCAGAGUCAGUAAAUACUGCUAUGGCACCGGAGAAACCUUCUUGUUCAGCUUCAACCCUGACUUUCAGGCGUACAGGUGGAGCGGGGAGAACUCCUACUUUGUGAGCGGCAACUUGGAAUCUCUGCAAAUUGGAGGAGGAGAGGGUGGCUUCGCUCUGUGGCUGGAUGCUGAUCUGUACCAUGGUGCAAGUUUCUCCUGUCCCACCUUCCACAACGCGCCACUUUCCACACAGCAAGACUUUAUUGUACAAGACCUCGAGGUCUGGACUGUGCAGAAAUGAGGGAGAACAUCUGAAAAGGCAAUAUAAAAACAGAGUAGAAUCCACAGUAUUGUCUGGAGUUACAAAACUUCAAGACUUCAAGGAGUACAUGCAGUUUAGCCACUACUGUACAAAACCUGACAGAGCAGUUGCUACUGUAUCAUCUGUGUACCUGGCUGAGAUUAGCUUACACAGUGUGAAGCCUGUUCUCGUGGUUCUUGGGCCAGACUUUCUCUUUGCACCGGUUUGAUCUGUGCCUACUAAAGAGAAGUGGCUCGAUGAAAUCCUGUGAUCCAGGGUCCUGCUGCUUUAAACUACUGGCUAUUCAUCUGUAGCUCCAUGCUAAGCCCAGUACAUAACUGGCAUCUGAAGCUUUAAGCCAUCCAUGCCCUCCUUUGGUUAUGGAGAGCAUUAUAAUACAGAGUUCAAGGUGUAACACCGUGGGAUAAAAAGUUUGCAACUACUGAAAGCACAUUCAGGUUUUAAGGAAAUGUUUUUUUUUUUUUUUUAUUAUUAUUAUUUUCUGUCUAACAACCACAUCUGUUUGUGAAAUUUUACACAUAAACUGUCAUAAAACAUUUAAUUUAUGGUAAAAACACUGUAACCUGAUAGGACCCACAAUGCCCUAUCUGGCCUCUAAUGGUACUUUUGAGUUUUUGUCUGACUUGAGGUCUGGUUUGAAUGUUCUGCACCAACAGAUGAAGGCCUAACCACUCAGCUUCAAAAAUAAAAAGUAUAGAGUUGCACUAUAAACAACUUAUUAUGUGUGAAGUGUGCCAUUUGUGUUGGAAGGAACCUCAGCCAUUAACUGUCACUUCAUUUUUUUGAAAGUGAAACACCUGCCUGCCCAUUUGUGUAGAUGGAUACUGUUUUAAGGAAACAUUUGAAAUCUUUUACAUCUUUACUAUCUAUAUAUUUAAAUGUAUUUUUAAGAAAAAUGUUCCUGUGUGUCUGUUUGUUUUACAUUUCUUUGUGUGCAAAUCAGAGUCUGUCAGGCAGUGCUGGCACUGCCAAUGUUUUUGUGAAACCACAUUAAAACUUUCCAGGUGACACUGA